AAAGUUUUGAGAUUACUAUUUUUAUUUCUCAGUUCAGGCUAACAGUUUCUUUACUUAUAAAAUGGGGAAAUUCUACUUUUGUGUUACGUUGUCAAUUUUACUGAGGUUUGCAGCAUCAGUAAUGACCACAAAUACAACGACAUUCCACCCAACAGAAGCCACAAUGACCCCACAAACAAGUAAUGGUAUCACUUUACAAGAUUGCCCUCGUAUUUGUGCUCUCAGGCUAAAGGGCACUCGACUAAAGAUGUUUCCCCCUUACCACUCAUGCAUGAAAGAAUGUACAGGAACAUGGCCCGUAGUUCCAGGUCAAUGUAGAAUUCAAGCCAGUGUUGUAGACUCUAAUUCCAACCCUGUUUGUGCACCAAUAAGUGUGAAUACAUCAGAAAUUGGAGUUUUUGACCCAGUCCAACAGAAAACGCUUGGGUACGCAGUAGUAUCGUGGCUGCCAUGCCCGUAUGGGUUAAGGGAUGCAAAUGGAUUCCAGGUUAUCAUACAAGCAAUAACAUCCGUACACUAUGAACAGGACUGCCAUAACUUAACACUAACAAGACCAUUACAAAGAGAGGACGCACAGAUACGUUUUAGUGUAUUGUCCCAUCUUCCCUUAAUACCGGAUACAGAAUACACGGUUGAGAUUCGUAGUUUGCCGAUCACACCAAACAGUAAUUAUGCUUCCGGAAGAUUCACUUCAAAAAAAUGUUUGGAACUAAACGGACAAACUAACUGCAGAUGUGGCAACACCUUGGAUUCAUUACAACCCCCUACCAUGACUGUUAAAGGAUACAGCGUUACAAUGUCAAUCCCCCAGUUGGCAAGCUGCUACAAGUUUCGUUACUAUCAAGCAGAACUUGCAUAUUGGAUGGGUUUAAGUCAUAGCUUUCCUUCUACUUUCUUACGCAGCAACAAAGAAUAUAUCUACAGUAGUGAGGAGGUGUUGGAACAUACAUUUGCUCCCGUAUAUAACUCUGCAAGUGGUCGUGGCUAUGUGGGUUUAUACAGCAGCUUUUUCCAGGGAGAUUUUGAGGAAACAGACAUGUUCUCUAUGUACAGGGAUUUUGAAAUUAGAGCAUGGGAGCCACCCAAGCCAACCAUAGAGACUCCUAAUACUAGGAUAGUGGACGUUAAGUUCGAGCCAGCAAAUUCUUCCUAUCAUAUUCUCCAUUACAUGGUGCGCUUGAACAAGCAUGACCCACAAUACAGUAGUAUUACAAUUUACUCCACACUUGAAGAGAAGAAUGUUUCGGCCACGAAUAUAGAAAACGGUUUUCUCAAAGUUCGAUAUUACGACUUACAGCCAGGUGUAUAUAGUGCACAGGUGCGAGAAAUUCGACAGGAUGUCGAUUUACCGAGUCACAUGCACGACAAGUCACGCAACAUCACGUUAUUUGCCGACGCAGUGUACGGAGAAUAUGAAACAUUCACAGUUCCCUACCCAUAUGCGACAACACAGACAACAACUAUGGCUCUAACAGUGGGCGUGCCAGUGUCGUUACUUCUAGCAAUCUUAGCAAUCCUGGCUAUUGGAAGUCUUUACUUAUGGAAAGCUGGCCAUUGUGGAAUAGCACGAAGUUACAUGCCUGGUUCAAUGAUUAAAUGGUUAGACUCACAAACUGUCGGCUCCAUGCUCAUGAGAAGUAGAAACGUCUUGUUGGUUUGGCAGAAUGAUGUUAGGUCUACAGAACUGCAGGAAAAACAUGCAGAAGUUAUAAGGCAUUUUGCUGCUUAUCUACGGAGUGUUUGCGGUCUCAACAUUAUACUUGAUGUCUACGAAGAACCUCAGCUGAUCUCUGCCGCCUCCAUGUGGAUGCAAAACUCGUUUGAACAAGCGGAGUUCGUGUUGUUUAUUUGUCCCCAUUAUAACGUGGACGAAUAUAAAGACAAAUCAGUUGGGGUGGUUGGUGAUUUUGGUAACGCUUUCAGAUACAUGGAAAACCAAAUCCGCGACAAAAAACGUUACGUCACGGUGCUGUUGCCCUAUGCUGACAUCGAGUGUUGGCAAACAAACAAAUGGUUACAAAAUAUGACGAGAGUUUAUAAAAUAAUGGACCAAAUCGAAGAUCUAUAUUUCCACAUACAAGAACGCUCCAAGCUGAAUUUCUCUGGUCGUCACACGGUGGAGUAUGUGAGCAAGGCAGAUUACGUUCGAACGAAAGAAGGUCGAGCGUUUCGUGAAGCUGUGUUGAGAUUCCGUGAUGUCAUGAAUCAACCUAUUGUGAUGGAAGAAACAACUGAAGUGGAAGAGUCUGAUGCUCCCGACGAGCAAGAGCAGAUCUCGAUGCUUAUGAUUGACAUUAUACCCCCCCAACCUCUACCACCACCGUGUGGUCAAACCGAUCGUUCGAUCCAUCUUGCUCCACCACCCCCACUAGUGGAAAAACCUGAGGAAGAAAUACGAUUAAUCAACGCAGGAUUAACUAACGUAGAACCGUGCCCCUUUCAUCGUGAGGGGUAUUUCCCUAGUUACCCCCAUUCACAACAAGCACCCACAACUUUUUUGGAAGUACCCGAGCAACCCUUGGAACAAAACAUAACUUCAUCUGACCCGGACUUAAGCUGCGAGAUAAACUUAAGAGACUCGGUGGGAUCAGCAUGCGAGAUGCCGUUUAGAACAGACAGUGGUUUCGGAUCGAUAAAAGUUUGAAAAAAAUAGUCGAAAAAUUGGAAGUUCAAAAUAAGUAUCAAGUGAAACAAAUUCAGCAUAUUCGUUCAAGUGGUGGCGUGUAGAUAACUUUGAAACUGAAAGUUCAAGUUCAAGUUCAGAUACUGAAUAUUGGAUUUGUGGGGUUUUAUACCGUCUAUAAAAACUAAUAAUGCAUUUGAAUAUUGCCUACACAGUUCUAUUCUAUAUGGGUGAGGUCCUUUCAGCGAGGCGCGCCAUGGGACCUGGGAUGUAGGCUAGAGUUGGCAAGUUGGCCCAAACCAAUGUGAGAUAUUUUUGAAAAAUUAGAAAUAAUGAGAUUAAUAUUUAGAUAAUUGGACAAAAUGUUGGUAUUAUUUCAAAAAUUGUAGUUUUCUUUUGAAAAUACAUAUUAUAACGUCUCGUUUUAACUAAUAUUUAAAAUAUUUGAGUUACGUAGUAAAAUAACCUGCAAUAUUAUUCCUAAACUUUUAACAAAGUUUAAAAUAUUAGUUUUAGGUUUCAGAGAACAAAUGUAUGUAGUUAUUGUUCAAAAUAAGACAACUUGUAAAGUGCAAUUGAGAUUAAAGAUGCAAAAUACAUAAUUUACUGAUAUUUUUUCACUGCAUUUCGUUCCCAUUAACUCAAGUUCAUGCCCAAUUAUUUAUUUUCGAGAAAAUUCUUUCUUUUAAAAAUUCUGCUAAUUUUUCGGUUCCACCUCGAUUAUUAGUUCAUUGUUACUAUUGUUCUAUUGUCAAAUAAUCGCCGUUCUUUCAUUUUAUUAUUUUCUUUUUCUUAAAUUUCUGUUUCCGUGCGGUACAACAAAUAAUUUGAUGACGUGUCAACUAUGACGUAAUAUUCUAGGUUUGUGACGUAAUAAAGAGUUCCAUUUUCCCCAUUGUUAUUUUGCGCAUAAUACACGGUGAUGUCAUAA